AUGGCCUAUUGCAGACAAGACUUCACAAACAAACCACCCAGACAGUACGACUCUAACCCACAGUGUGGUCUGCUGUUGGUGGGGGUGUCAGAUGUCAGACCGCCCCCGAAGGUCAAGGUCAAGUUUAACGCGAAAGUAGCACAGGGCAGACAGAAUCCGCUGGCUGGUACUGCGGUAGUGCACAGUUCCACCGGUAAAGAGCAGCAAGACUCACAGAGCACCCUGCUGGACCAAAGCCGACGGCAUCGGACGGCGUUCACGCGGGAGCAGCUGUCUCGUCUGGAGCAGGAAUAUGGCAAGGAAAACUAUGUAUCCAGACCCCGGCGCUGCGAACUGGCUACUGCGCUCAAUUUACCGGAGACUACAAUAAAGGUAUGGUUCCAAAACAGGAGAAUGAAGGAUAAACGCCAAAGACACUCCUUGCCUUGGCCUCACCCAUUUAUUGACCCGCUGGGGGGGCUUCUGAUGGGCAGCACAUCUCCUUCCUCCAUCUUACCAUACACCUUCAUCCAAACCCACCUCCCACACCUCCCACUCCACCCCUAUGCUCCCCUGGCUCUCUCUUCGACUACAUCAUCUCACAGCCCAUACAGUGCACCAAUGAGUUCAGCAGAAGCAUUCCAUCUCUCCCAAUUCAACAAAAGGCCUGGGGAGCUGCCUCCAACAACAGUAGCACUCUACCCCUCUGUAAGCAUAAUGCACCACCCUACUUCAUGCCCCUGUCCACUGUGCCUGCAGUGGGACCCAGAACAACUGUACAAAGUAAGAAUGGAUGCACUGGGACUUGGCCGGCCCCGCACUCUGAAGGCUAACACUCAUUCUGCUAGUGUAGGGAAGACACAAGAGAUGGUGUAAAACUAGAUGAAAACAUCAUCAAACAAAUGCUACUGCAAGAAAAUUAUACCAUUUCCAGUGUCUUCUGUUAACACUAGAAGCUUGCCAAGCAUUACCUGCAGCAGAUGAUUAAGCUCUCAUAUUUUUGUGUAAAUCUUAAUAGAAAUAAAAAUAAACUCUGCAUCUUUACAAUAGAAACCUAAAACACUGGUCUUGUUUAAAAUAAUGCAAAUCACAUUUGCAAUUAACUGAAGGCAUUGGGUUAUUCUGUUUUGUUUUGAUGUAUUAUAUUUUUGUUGCUGUUGUUACAUAAUUAUUUCAAGUAAGUUAAAAAAAAACUAUUCAGUAGUAAGGCCACAUUUAUGCCUAUCAAAGCACACCAAAUGAAAGCCUUAACCUUUUCUUUGUAUUUUUUUUAAAGAGCACACUAUAUUAAUUGUACAGUCUGGUUACUGUUCAUUAACUAUUGUAUA